CACCGGCAAAAAAGGAAAACAAUCUGUAGCAAAGCAAAGGGUUCAAGCCCAAAGAAAUAUUCCUUUCCUUUGGGCUGGGCGGCCCAAAAUCUGAAAGUAUAUCAAUCAGAAAGCUCAACAGACUAACGUUGCGUUGUCAAAAUCCUGAACGGGACGUAAGGAACAAAGUCCACAACCAUGGCGAGCGAGCCUCUUCCCUUCGCCUCUGCUGCCACGAGUUCACAAGAAAGACGACAGCGUUCAAUAUUCGACCUCCCAGCCAACUUCUUCGAUUCUUGUCGCUUACUUUCUCCUUCUUUAGCUUCAGUUUUCGAGCCCCUCUCAAUUUCUGAGAAAUUUUCUCUAGAAAACCAAAAUAACACCGACGAAACGGAAGCAGAGAGUUCCAAAAACGGCGUCGCCGUGCCCAGAUGGACUUGCAACACCUGCAAGGUCGAGUUUGACUCUCUCCAGGACCAGCGCUCCCACUUCAAAUCCGAUAUUCAUCGUUUCAACGUAAAAUUAAGCAUUGCUGGUAAGGAUAUUGUAAAGGAAGAAGAUUUCGAUGAGUUGACUACGGAUUCUUUCAAAGACUAUGAGGUUUCGAGUAUUUCAGGAUCUGAGGAUGAAGCUGUUAAGGGAGCUUAUCCCCGCAACGAUGCGCAGACGGGACCGAUUGAAAAUAUUAGGCAGAAGUUGUUUAUCCGUCUUCAAACGGGAGAGAGAAUUUCAAUUUGGAAAUCUUUAAUAUUGAACGAGUCGGAAAGUGUUUCAUAUGAGAAUGAUAAAGAAGUGUGGAAUGAUAAUGGUGGGUGCUUGACAGAAAAUGAGGUGAUUGAGAGAUUGAAAACUUUGAUUCAAGAGACUAGGGGUGAUGGACGUUUCAGGAUUGUGCUGCUUUCUAGUGGUGGCCACUUUGCUGGCUGUGUCUUUGAUGGUAAAUCGGUGGUGGCUCACAAAACAUUCCACAGAUAUGUGGUAAGGGCCAAGGCUGGUAAGAAACAGUCAUCGAAAGAUGCAACUGGGAAGGCUGCACAUUCUGCUGGAGCUGCACUCCGGCGGCAUAAUGAACUUGCAUUGAAGAAGGAAAUUCAAGAGUUGCUUGCUUCUUGGAAGUCUUAUUUUGAUGCUUCCCCCUGUGUUUUCUUUCACGCUCCUUCAAGCAAUCGUAAUGUGCUCUUUAAUGGGGAUAAACCUUAUUUCAGUCACCAGUUCUGUGCUAUUCGAAAUGUUCCAUUGACUGUUCGGAGGCCCACCUUAAAGGAAGCCAAGAGAAUAUAUAACCAGCUUACACAAGUUGCUUAUGAAGUGGAGGAAAAGGAAAUUCCACGUGGCACCAAAGAAGGUUUAUUAUUAAGUGGUAGCACCAUUGAUAAUGGCAAACAAGAUUUAUACAAAGAGGAAUUAGAGCACAACUUGAAUUGUAGGGAUGCUUCUAAAAUUCAUUCCAUCAAUGUAAAAUCUGAUGUUAUAUCAAGUGAGAGUGAUAGUGAAGCUAUUUGUAUUUCAACACCUUUGCAUGAAGCAGUACUAUCCGGAGAUGCUCAAAAAGUUCUGGAACUCCUAGAGCUGGGUUUAGAUCCCUCUAUUAAGGAUGAAAGAGGGCGAACCCCAUAUAUGCUGGCCAAUGAGAAGGAAAUCAGGAAUAUUUUUAGACGAUACAUGGCCAUAAACCCUGAUAAGUGGGAUUGGAAAUCUGCUAAAGUACCUAGUGCGUUAACCAAAGAAAUGGAGGAAUCUCAAGCGGCCAAGCAGGCAGAGAAAGAUGCUAAGAAGAAAGCUAGAGCAAAGGAACUAAAGAAAUUGCGUAGAGCCAGGGAAAAGAAAGCUCAGGCUGAGGCUUCCCAGUCUCAGAAUACUUCAGCAGUUUCACAUAACCAGGCCAGACCUUCAGAUUCAAAGGGACAAUCUCAACCCGUUGGUGGAUCUCAGAUCUCUAAAGAGGAGGAACUGAAGAGAGCACAGAUUGUUGAGAGGGAAAAGAGAGCAGCUGCUGCUGAGAGGAGGAUUGCUGAAGCAGCAGCAGCAGCAGCUGCCCGUGACGCUCAAGGCAGUAGCAGAAACGUAGGAUCAACCACUGCACAAUCCAAAAGUGGAUUAGCAGGUGAUAUUAGUUGCUCCUGUUGUAAUACAUCAUUGGCUGGAAAAGUUCCCUUUCACAGGUAUAAUUACAAGUAUUGCAGCACUUCAUGCAUGCAUGUUCACAGAGAAAUUCUUGAAGAUGGAUAACUUCAGUGGUUGAAGUUAUAAUGAUUUAAAUUUUCUAUUUCAACUAAGGCAUAGCUGAAACUUGAUUCCAUUUUCUGAUUAUUAUGCUUCAUAUUUUCCAUGCUCAUUCACAAAUGGAGGA